CCUGCCUACCUUAGUCCAUCAUCUAUCUAUCUAUCUAUCUAUCUAUCUAUCUAUCUGCGUACUUGCUUAGCUGUAUUGUACGUACGUGUUAAACCUAGAAUUGGGACGACGUCUGAUAUUUUCUACCCAUUACCCGUCCAUUUAUUGCUUUAUUGCUUUAUUUUCGAUCUCUUUUCUCUGAAAGUAUAAGUGCAAUUAGGUUGGCAUAUAUACCUAGAUCUACAUAUAUCAGAAGUUAGAAAUUACCUAUCACUCGUUCACUAUGAAUUUCGACUGGCUCCUCGACGGCGGGUACGUCCCGAACGCCGUGAUCCGCGUCGGGAUCCGGCGGCAGCUGGCGGCGCGGCUCGCCGAGAUCGGGACCUCGGCCGCGCAGGCCGCCGCCUGCGAGCGCAAGAUGCGCUACAUUGACUCUUUGCGCGCUAAGCCUAUUGCUGUCGACACGGCGGCCGCAAACUCCCAGCACUACGAGGUCGCCGCCGGCGUCCUCCGCGGCAUGCUCGGCCCCCGCAUGAAGUACUCGUCCGCGCUGUAUCCGAAGGGCGGGGAGACGCUGGCGCAGGCGGAGGUCGCGAUGUUGGCGCUUUAUGUCGAGAGGGCGCAUAUUAGGGAUGGGAUGAGUAUUUUGGAUUUGGGAUGCGGCUGGGGCUCCGGCGCCCUGUACCUGGCCGAGAUGUUCCCCAAGUCCAAGGUGACGGCCUUCUCGAACUCCAAGUCGCAGAAGGAGUUCAUCGACGCCCGGGCCAAAGAAAAGGGCCUGUCGAACGUGAGCGUUAUCACGGGAAACGUGGUAGAGUACGAGUUCAAGAAGCAGGCUUAUGAUCGGGUUAUUUCGAUAGAGCUCUUCGAGCACAUGAAGAACUACGAGCAGCUCAUGGCCAAGAUAGCAAGGUCUUUGAAACCGGGAGGCAAGCUGUUUGUUCAGAUCUUUGCUCACAAGUCGACGCCGUAUGAUUUUGAGGACGGGUGGAUGACUACGCACUUUUUUACUGGUGGGACGAUGCCAUCAGCAGAUCUGCUCUUAUACUUUCAAAAGGAUCUAUACAUCAAAAAGCAGUGGUGGGUCAAUGGCAAUCACUACUCAAAAACAUGCGAGCAUUGGCUCUCCAACAUGACGUCAAAUAAGAAGCAAAUAUGGCCGUAUCUGGUAGAAACAUAUGGCGAGGAAAACGCAAGCAUGUGGUACAACCGAUGGCAGAUCUUCUACUUGGCAUGUUCGGAACUGUUCGCAUAUGAAGGUGGAGACACAUGGGGAGUGUCACAUUAUCUGUUCGAGAAGGCGAAGACGAAAUAGACUG